AUGCUCACUUUAAUCUUUCAAGGAAUACUGUUAUGCGCUCUAUCAUUGGCGUACUGGCAUCUAGUCCGCCGGUUCGCAGUGAAGACGGCCUUGGAUAACAUCCCGGGUCCUCCUUGCCCAUCGUUCUUCAAAGGAAACUUUCGGCAAUUGUUCUCCACUCAUGGUUGGGAGUUUCAUAAGGAAAUCGCGGCCAAGUACGGAGGCGUUGUCAAAGUCAAGGCCGUCUUUGGCGAAAAACAACUUUACGUGUUCGAUCCGAAGGCUUUGCAUCACAUCCUUGUAAAGGAUCAAUAUGUAUACGAAGAAACAUCGGCGUUUAUUCAAACUAACCUCGUACUUUUCGGCAAAGCUGUGUUCUGUACCCUAGGGGAUUACCACCGGCGGCAGAGGAAAAUGUUGAACCCCGUAUUUUCCAUUGCGCACAUGCGUGGGAUGGUACCCGUUUUCUACAGUAUAACUCAUAAAAUUCGAGAUGCAAUCACAAAGAAGGUCAAAAACGGUCCUCAAGAGAUCGACAUGGCCUCGUGGAUGGGUCGGACAGCGCUUGAAAUGAUAGGUCAGGGUGGAUUUGGAUAUUCCUUCGAUACUUUCGAAGAAGAUACCACCCCGAAUCCGUAUAGUGAGUCAAUCAAAGCGCUCUUGCCCGGCCUACUGCGAAUUGCAUUCUUCCGUUCAUACUUGUCGUAUAUGACCAACAUCGGUAGCCCAAAAUUCCGCCGCUUCGUCGUCGAUCUGCUCCCAUGGAAAAACCUUCAUGCUGUGCGUGACAUCGUCGAUACCAUGCACAGCGCCUCCUCGGAGAUCUUCGAAUCAAAAAAGAGAGCAUUGUUGAACGGGGAUGAAGACGUUACAAGACAAUUUGGGCAGAAAAGGGACGUUAUGAGCAUUCUCAUGAGAGCCAAUAUGGAUGCGGCAGAGGAGGACAAGCUCGAGGAGUCUGAACUUGUUGCGCAAGUGUCAGGUUUAACAUUUGCCGCUAUGGACACAACGUCUGGUGCGCUUUCGCGUACCUUGCACCUAUUAGCGCAGCAUCAGGAGGUCCAGGAGAAAUUACGGCGCGAGGUCACUGAGGCCCGUGCCAAGGCUGGAGACCUUACAUACGACGGACUGGUUUCGCUCCCAUAUCUGGAUGCGGUCUGCAGAGAAUCUCUUCGCCUUUAUCCCCCAGUAUCAUAUCUCUCAAGAACAACCCGGCAAGAUAUCAUUAUGCCCCUCUCGAAACCCCUGAAAGGCCUCAACGGAGAGGAUGUUUACGAAAUUCCUGUUCCAAAUAACACAAAUGUUAUCAUCUCAAUAAUCGGGGCUAACCGCAACCCAGAUAUAUGGGGUCCUAAUUCGAUGGAAUGGAUUCCGGAAAGGUGGCUUGCUCCUCUUCCUCCAUCCAUCUCUAGCGCACAUAUUCCAGGAGUUUACUCCCACCUGAUGACAUUUAUAGGAGGUGGCCGAGCUUGCAUCGGCUUCAAAUUUGCGGAACUUGAAAUAAAGGUUGUGCUAUCACUCCUAAUCGAAUCUUUCCACUUUUCUCCAUCAAACAAGGAUAUAUUCUGGCAAAUGACCUCUGUCGCGACCCCGUCUGUGGUUGGCGAAGGCGGUAAACUUCAACUCCCACUCCAAGUUAGGAAGGUGUAA